UUGGAGUGUUUGCUGCAGAAUUUCUCCCCAAAGGCACGCGCAUCGAUACAGAUCGAGAGCAUAUAUCUAUGACAAAGAAGCAAGCUCAUGCCUUUUUUGAAGCUGUUUCUAAUAACAGACAACGGCAAUGGUGGUUAGAGCAUAUUUAUUGUCUGGAUGGUUUGAUGAAGUUUGAUAUGGAAGAGUUUGAUACAAUGAUGGUUAAUCAUUCUGAUGAUCCUUCUGUUGUGACUAGGGAAGAUGGAUGGGACUAUACAACAAGGGAUGUUCAAAUUGGUCCCUUUGGCCAAAUAUACGUCUGUCAUGUCAAUCGAAUGAAAGAAUAUGGUUUUGGGUAUCAUAAAAAAGUUAAUGUAGAGCAGAUAAAUUGGAAAUAAAUUUGUACAUUUUGGUUUA